GAAUCGUAAUUCUUGAUCAUGAAUCGUGAUUCGUGAUCCAUCACUGCAUAAUUACUUACGUAUUUUCUCAUCUUAGUAGUACGUCGGAUAAGUUACUUCGCGUUAUUUCUCGAUAUAGUUCUGUUUGGUUCUUGCAACGCAUUGUUAAUGUUUUCGCGUGUAAUUAUUUCAUUAAAUUUUCAAGCAAAUUUGUUUCGUUUUCAUACGUUCUAAUAAUCGGCAUUUUUACGUUUUUUCGUAACAAAGGCAGCUAAGAUGCCGGUAUUUCAUACAAAAACCAUAGAAAGUAUCCUCGAGCCUGUCGCACAGCAGAGAGAAGGCUGAAGAUAGAAGGAGACAGAUUUUCAAUAAAAGGAAUUCAUUAAUUAAUUUCAUCUUUAAAAAUAAUUCACUUGUCAUAAUAUAAGAUACGUAGCAAAUGUUUUUUAUAUGUUCUAUCUGAUCUAUUUGUAAAGUAUAUUUAUAUAAUUUAAGAUCUGUCAAACUAGAAUUAUUUGUUAAAAACAUAAUAUUUAAUACAUGUUAUAAAAUUUAUAAUUUUGAUUUUAUGCCAUUAAUUAUUAUGAAUGAUGUUAUUAUCAUGGUAAACCUGCCAAGUGACUUGUCUUUCUUUAUAUAGAACUAUGACAUCAUUCUACAAAUAUAGGGCAGGGAUACUAAAUUCAUCUUUAGGUCUAAAAGGUUUCGAGACUUGUUAUCUUACAUGAAGAAGCUGAAGAUGGAAAUGCAAUGCCUGAUUUGGGAAGGCCUGUGCAAGCAGUUAGUAUGGCAGUGGCAAAUCUUGUUAAGGUAGGAAAAGAAACAAUUAAUUCUUCUGAUGAUGCUUUGCUUAAACAAGAUAUGCCUGCUGCUUUACAACGAGUUGAAGGAGCUUCACGUCUCUUGGAAGAGGCAUCAGCUAUGUUAAAACAAGACCCAUAUUCUGGACCAGCUAGGAAAAAGCUAAUAGAAGGUUCACGUGGGAUCCUGCAAGGAACUAGUUCCUUACUUCUGUGCUUUGAUGAAAGUGAAGUACGUAAAAUUAUUAGGGAAUGCAAAAGAGUAUUAGAUUAUUUGGCAGUAACAGAAGUUAUUGAAACAAUGGAAGAUUUGGUUCAUUUUCUUAAAAAUUUAAGUCCUUGUCUCAGCAAAGUAUCAAAAGAAGUGAGUGCUCGUGAAAAAGAACUAACUCAUCAAGUACAUAGAGAAAUUCUAGUACGCUGCUUAGAGCAAGUAAAAACACUUGCACCAAUUCUCAUCUGCUCUAUGAAAAUAUUUAUUCACAUUAUUUCUCAAGGAAAUAAAGGAGCAGAAGAAGCAGCUGAAAAUCGUAACUAUUUAGCUGGCAGAAUGUCAGAUGAAUUAAAUGAAAUUAUUAGGGUAUUGCAACUUACUACAUAUGAUGAAGAAGAAUGGGAUGCUGAUCAGUUAACAGUAUUAAAGAAAGCACAAAGUGCUAUAGAAUCUAGGAUAAGAGCUGCUUAUGAUUGGUUAGAUGAUGGACUUGCUUUGCGCGGUGGAGUAGGGGAAAAGAGUCUUCGUCAAAUAGUUGAACAAGCACAACGAUUGGCAGAAAGAUAUCUCCCACCUUCACAGGCAGAACCAUUGCAAAAAUUAACUUCACAAAUUGUUACUAUGACCAAUGCACUUUGUGAAUUAAGACAGAAUGAAAAAGGAACUACACCACAAGCGGAAGCAUUAGCGCGUGGUAUAAAAGAAAAAACAAACGAACUUCGCAAUGCUAUUGCCUCUGCUAUAGAAGCUGCUGAUAAAUCUGGUACCACGCAAACUGCUCACACAGUUGCAGGUCGUUUAGAGCAAGCGAAUAAAUGGCUUCUUAAUCCACAACAUGAUGAUAAAGGACUUGGUCAGAGAGCUAUAGCUUUAAUUAUACAUGAAGGAAAAAAGAAUCAGCAACACGUAGCAAGCGUUGCCGAAGGUCUACCAGGAAUACAUAAAGCAGAAAUUCUACAGCUUUGCGAUGAAGUUGACAAUCUCUCUCAUCAACUUGGAGAUUUAUGCACUCAUGGUCAAGGGAACACACCUCGUGCCCAAGAAAUCGCUCGUCAAUUGUCGCAUAAGCUGUAUGAACUGAAAAAUAGAAUACAACAAGCCGUUGUGUCGAGAGUAGUCGAAGAUUUCAUCGAUAUAACGACGCCUUUAAAACAAUUCACGGACGCUGUAUUAGCUCCGGAAGGCACUUUAGGCCGCGAUCAAAAUUUCAAUGAUAAAACGCAUGCUCUUCAAACAUUUUCCAAUAGGGCAGCAAAAACAGCCAGAAUGGUGGCUGCUGGUGGUAGUGGAGGUAACAAAAAAUUGGCGGAAGCGUUAACUGCAAGUGCUUCGCAAGUUGAAUCUUUAACACCACAAUUAAUUAAUGCUGGACGAAUUCGAAUGACUUAUCCGGACAGCAAAGCUGCGGAUGAACAUUUUGAAAAUUUGCGACAGCAAUAUGCAGAAACAAUGCAGAGAGCACGUGCAUUAUGCGAUGAAGCAACUGAUAGUGGAGAUUUCAUUAGAACUUCUGAAGAACAAAUGCAAAAGCAUUCGUUCCUAUGUGAGGAAGCUAUAGCAAAAAGUCAUCCACAAAAAAUGGUUGACAAUACAGCUGCCAUUGCUAGAUUAGCUAACAGAGUAAUACUUGUGGCAAAACAAGAAAGUGAUAAUAGCGAGGAUCCUGCGUUCAUUCAAAGAGUGAAUCAAGCUACAGACAUUCUCCAAAAUAGUGUUGCUCCAAUGGUCCAAGAUGCAAAGUUAGUUGCGAUUAAUAUUAACGAUAGUAAUGCAGUUUCCCGUUGGAGAGAAAGUAACCGCGCACUUUUGUCUAAUGUUGGACAAGUCCGUAAAGCUAUCAUAAUUCAACCAGAUCUAAUACCUCCACCAGAGGUAUCGCAAUUACAUCUUAAUGAUGAAAAACAAUUGCCAAGCCAUCAAUAUAAUUACUUCAUUGACAAAGUUGGUGAACCUUUAAGAAAUCAACCAUCGCCAAGCAAUUUAUGUGUCGUCAGCUCCAAUUUAAACACAAAUAAACCUCAACAUCGCUCUAUCAGCCCAUUACCAAAGUGGGCACGUGAAGGAGAUAACCCUGAUCUCCUAUAUCAAGAACUGGCUUCUGAUAACGAGUUAGAAAAAUCAGUUCACGAUGGAGUAGACUACUACUAUGAUUAUGGUAAUAAUGAUGAAGUCGUCCCACCGCGUCCACCUCUGCCUGGUGGAGAUAUUCCGCCUCCACGACCUCCACCACCGGAAACGGAUGAUGAGGAUGAAAUGUUUAUGCACGCACCGCAGCCUAAUCAACCUAUAAUGAUGGCUGCUCAUGGCUUGCACCAAGAAGUACGACAAUGGUCAAGCAAAGACAAUGAAAUUAUUGCUGCUGCGAAGAAGAUGGCUAUCUUAAUGGGUCGAUUAUCAGGUUUAGUUAGAGGAGAAGGUGGUAAUAAACGGGAUCUGAUCGCAUGUGCUAAGGCCAUUGCAGAAGCUUCUCAGGAAGUAACUCGUUUAGCUAAGGAAUUAGCUAGAGAAUGUACCGACAAACGUAUUCGUACUAAUCUCCUUCAAGUUUGUGAACGAAUACCUACUAUAGGUACACAAUUAAAAAUAUUAUCUACAGUGAAAGCUACAAUGCUAGGUGCACAAGAAACGCUCCCCACCUGGGAAGAGUUGAUGCUUUAUGGUACAGAAGAAGAUCAGGAAGCAACAGACAUGUUAGUUGGAAAUGCUCAAAAUCUUAUGCAAAGCGUAAAAGAAACUGUUCGUGCUGCAGAAUGUGCCAGUAUAAAGAUACGUACUGCAUCUGGUAUGAAAUUACGCUGGGUGCGACGACAGCCUUGGUAUCAGUACUAAGAAAAAAAAAUUGCUAAUUAAAUAAUGAAAAUGAAAUGUAACAGAUGGGUAAGACUUCUUAAAUAUUAGAUACAUUUUGACUGAUUCCACAAUAUAUGUCAUGAAAAAGUGUUCUAACGAGGAAUAACAUCCAAAUUUUUAAAAUUGAUUUGGUUAACAGUGAAGUACAUAAUAGAAUCCGAAAGGUACUGAGUAUUUUUAUUCAUGAUGGAUUUUUAUAUAUUUUAAAAAGUUAGGUAAUUGUUAAUUUUUGUAAUAAUUGUGAAUAAGAAAGAUAUAUAUAUAAUCUUUAAAUUUAUACAGUUUUAUAUAAUCAAAUCCAUUUUAGAUAUUUGAAUGAUAUUCCCCAAAAUAUUCAAUAAUAUAAAUCUAUAAUUGUAUAAUUUAUACUUCUAAAUGUACUGACAAAUGCUGUAUUCAUAAUAUAGAAGUUAUAGUUUAUAACAUAACAAACGAGCUAGUGAUUAAUAUUAAAAAAAUAUUUCUUUCAAAUUGAGAAACAUAUCUCAGUCAUUAAAAACUAUAAUCGGAAAGUAUUUUCAGAUGAUAUAUUGAAGGGAAUGCUUAAUUAACAAUUUUCAGAGUCUAUCUCUCUUAUAUAGUUUCAUUAAGAAUCAGAAAAUAGGAAAGUAAUAUAGAGAUGAUAGAGCUUAUGCCUUAUACAAAUUAUCAAUUUGCUAUAUAUUUUUAUGUAUACUAGCAAUAAGUAUACUUCACAUACGCGCUCAUACGCGCACACUCACACCUAUACAUACAUACAUCUGUCAGCCUAAAAUCAGCACAAUUAAUAAGAAAACAAAUUUUUGUCUAGAUUCAUUGAAAUGCCAUAUUAAUUUAGUAUGAUAAUAGUAUGAUGUAUUUUUGCAAAGUGAAAAUGUAUGAAUAUAAUUUUAAUAGGUGCUAUUUACCACAAUAUACACGUAGAAAAUCUUACAUGCAAUAUUACCUAUAACAAGGAAAUCUAUUUUUGUAAGUUUUACCUAAUCAUCCUUUUUAGAGGAUUUAUAUAGCUGUCUCUGUAUUCUUACCUUUUCCAAACUGGUGCUAUAUACGUGCAAUAUAGAUCUGAUAUACUGAGACAUAAUGUAAGAAUAAAUAAUGUAAAACCAAAUAUGUAUGUGGAAUCAAUUUAAUAUAUACUUUAAAGAAAAUUGUAGAUUUAAUAUUAGCGUAAAUAAUUUGUAAAAUGAAAUCAUGGAAUAUUUAUAGUAUGUAAUAUUCAUUUUAGUAAUAUGAUUUAAAAUAAUUUUAUAUAAAGCUACUUAUAAUAAAGAUUAAUUUUUAUUAUGCAAUACAAAUACAAAUAUUACUUUAUGGUAUACUAUUAUGUACACAACAUUAACCUAAGAAAUAAUAAAAUUAACAAAACCGUCA